AUGGACCCCUUCGCACCACCGCCGAAGCCGAAGACCGCCUUGGGCUGGCACCGCGUCUUGUCGCCCACUGCCAACGUCAAGGUUUCACCCAUCUCCUUAGGUGGAAUCAGCAUUGGCAACUCGUGGAGCAAACUGUUUGGUGUUAGUGAGGAUGCCGACUCUCUGCUGGACACCUAUUUUGACCUCGGCGGCAACUUCAUCGAUACCUCGAAUACCUACAAUUCGGAAGAAUCUGAGAAGCUUAUCGGCGAGUGGAUGGAGAAGCGAAACAACAGAGACCAGAUGGUGAUCGCAACUAAGUACGGAGCGGGCUACAGGGCCUACAAUAGGGAGAACGAACCGCUGCAGAGCAAUUUUACAGGCACAAGCGCAAAGAGCAUGCACGUAUCAGUUCGAGACAGCCUCCGCAAGCUCAAGACCGAUUACAUAGACAUUCUAUACGUACAUUGGUGGGAUGUUGGCGGUAACGUGGAAGAGAUCAUGCGCCAUCUUCAUGCACUUGUCAUGGCUAGACAGGUCCUCUACCUCGGGGUCUCGGAUACGCCAGCCUGGAUAGUUGUCAAAGCAAACGAAUACGCCCGCCGCCACGGCCUAACACCCUUCUCUCUUUAUCAAGGCCGAUGGAACGCCGCCUACCGUGAUAUGGAAGCCGAGAUAAUACCCAUGUGCGAGGACCAAGGCUUAGCAAUCGUAUCUUGGGCCUCGCUUGGCGGCGGCCAACUAGCUACGACCUCCCAAAGAAAGGCUGCAGAAGAAGACCCGAAGUCUGGUAAAGGCUUUUACAAUGCAUCAGAGAGCGACAUAGCAGUAUCGGAGGUCCUCGAGAAAAUGGCAGGAAAGAAGGGUGUUACAUUGCAGCAAAUGGCGCUGGCAUACCUGUUCCAUCAAUCCACCCACGUUUUCCCUAUUGUGGGUGUGCAGACCGUGGAGCAUGUCAAGGCAAUGGUACCCGCAUUGGGCAUCUCGUUAUCGAAAGAGGAAAUUGAGGAGAUACACGGUGCUGCGCCGUUCAACCCACUGUUCCCACAAAACUUCAUCUUUGGCGGUCGAUCGUACUCCACGAGGCUGACGGCGGCGAACCAGGCGAAUUAUCAGAUGGCCGCUUGGAUAGACGCGCCACCCAAGAAUCCGGGGUACGCGCCACGGUCAUGA